AUGCAUUGCACCACGUCGUUUCGAAGACUACUCACUUUGAACCUUCUCCUCCUCCUCACCUAUCUCGUAGGAGUAAUCGCUUCCCCUUUACAAGUUGCCAGAGAGAUUUCCUCCCCUCAAUACCUCAUCAUUGAGAAUGCUGGCCUUGUUAUCUCUCCUAAACCUGGAUCCCAACUUGGCUACAUACUUACUCUAAAGUUGACAAACGGCACAGUACUGGCUUACACAAGGGACUCAAACCGUAAAGUCGUUCCAUGUCCAAUACCCGAACGACGUGGAGAAAUAAACUUGCGAUUCGGCCUUACAACACCUCUUGCAAAGAAUCUCGAUACCCUACCCGGAGGAGCUUCAGAUCAGACUGGGUACGACUGGAUUGUGGCAGUAUUGAACUAUCUGAAGAAGUGUUCGGAUUCAGGGGUGGGUCUGACCUCUGGCACCAUAAAUUGGAUGAAAGAGACCAUUAAAGCCAAAGUGAACGAUGUGAUCGCGGAUAUCAAGGAAUCCCAAAAAGCCGAGGUGGACAAGUUGGCACCAGCGGUUCAGCAUGUACAGGAUGCGACAGCAGGUUUUGGGAAGGAGUAG